CAGUGUCAGCUGGCACCAUCGAAGAAGAAAGAUCCGGAAGUAAGUCAGACGUCGCUAGCGUCGUGUCUUUUAUCAUCGCUCUUAUUUUUUUGCCUUUUCUGGUCAUUCACGCAACGUUUCAGUCCAAUAUCAAUGUUGAAACAUCUCCACAUGAACUCGCCUCGUCUCCAGCUGGCUUAGCUUGCGAGCCGCGGACAAAAACAGGCGCAAGUGAGCUACGCACGCUAGCCGGAGCGUCGAGUGUUUGUUGUUGUCGCGCUAAAAUGUGCAAAGUGAAAAUGCUGAGACAUUUGGUGAACGAGCGACUGAGUGCGGCCGUGGAGGACAUCUUUGCGGUUCUGGAGAGAACCAUAACGGAGUACGAGGACGAACUUUCCAGGACAAAAGAGCAGAAUCGGCGACAGCGUCAACGACUGGAGGCUCUCAUGGUCUCGCACACUGCAGAUGUCGGCAAAGAUAAUAAGCAGCAGCAGGAGUGGCGCUACGGGGGGUCGCGGGGGGGACCGCAGCCCUCUCACCACGUUAAGGAGGAAGAAGAGGAAGUGGACGUCAGUGAAGAAGGCUUCCAUGUCAUUGUGAAGAGUGAAGAUGAAGAAGAAGAAGGUGAGCACGAAGAGAAGAGAGCCUCAGGCAGCCUCUUAGCUCGUCUCUCGGCCAGCGGGGACGCGUCGCGUCCUGACACCAACGAAGACUCCGAAGGCGCAUCCCGCUCCAAAUAUCCUCAAUGUGACAAAACAUUUGACGACAAAGCCGCCGUGAAGAGACACGCCGGGCAUCACCGGGGCAGCAAAACGUUCAGCUGCUCCGUGUGCGCCAGCAGUUUCCAUCUGAAGAAACAUCUCGUCCGUCACAUGAUCGGCCACCCGGGGGAGAAACCCUUCGUCUGCCCCUUCUGCGGGGCCGGGUUCUAUCAUAUGAGCAGCCUGAUACGACAUAGGCGGACCCACACUGGGGAGAAACCCUACACGUGCUCUGUGUGCGGGAAAAGAUUCUCGCAGAAAGGACAUUUAAUCACGCACGCCAGGACGCACACGGGAGAAAAAAGUUUCUCCUGCUCCGUCUGCGGCACCGCUUUUAGCGACCGAUCCGCUCUUGUUCAACACCGACGAACUCACACCGGAGAGAAACCGUUCGCUUGCUCCGUUUGCGGUGGCAAAUUCACCCGCAGGGGACAUCUUCUCAUUCACAUGAGGACACACACUGGAGAGAAACCAUUCGCUUGCCCUACAUGCGGGAAAAGACUAACGCGCAAGGCGCAUUUGACCACGCACAUGAGGACGCACACGGGAGAAAAACCUUUUCCUUGCUCCGUGUGCGGCACCAUGUUCAGCUUCCGCUCGGCUCUGGCCCAGCACAUGAGGACUCACACUGGAGAGAAACCGUUUCCCUGCUCCCUGUGCGGCGAGAGAUUCUCCCAGAAAGGACACUUGAACAUUCACACUAGGACGCACACCGGAGAAAAACCCUUCAGCUGCACCGCCUGCCAGAAAAAGUUCACCCACAAGUACCAGAUGAAUAAACACAAGUGUGCCUUGAACAACAGCAGCAGCAGCCAGUGAACACUUUCAAAUUGACAUUUUAGUGACACACUUGGUCAUUUGUUGUAAAUUUACAGUAAGUCCUCUCCAUCACGGGGGUUAUGUUGCAGCCCCACGGAAAUAAGUGAAAAUCUUUGAUAAAAACAAAAAUACCUACAGAAACAAACAAAAAAAAAAGUCCAGGUCUUCAAACAAUACACAAUACAAACAUAUUUAAAUAUGUAUGUAUAUGUACAGUACCACCAAAUAGCGGGACCGUGAAGGGAAGACCGCGAUAUAGGGUUAGGGUUUACUGUACAUCUUUGUAACAGUGGAGUCGCCAAAGUUAAAUUUGCUUUAACUUUGGCGACUCGAAAGAGCACAAAAUGUCACCACGCAAGUAGCGUGCAAGCCACUAGGGGAAACUUUGGCAUCUUUGGGUAACUUGAAUUAUCGCCUGGAUAGUGAAAGUGACACCGGCCAAAUUCCUGCUGGGAGGUUUGCUGUCAAUCGCUCGCCGUCUUGAGGUCAUGACACGGCGUCUCGCUCGGGUUGAGGUCAACACUUUGUUUAUAAACUUGUCUGAACCUGUAAAGGUUACAAAAGUAUAGCAUGUUCUUUUUGGUCAGCAGUGGUUUUGACCCCAGAACUCUGCCACUGAGGCAAUUUUGGCCCCUUAUUGUCGAGUCAUGAACUCCGACCUUAACCGAGGCGAGAGAGGUCUGCAGUUCUUCGGGAGCGGUCCCGGGUGCCUUCGUGGCCUCCCGGAUGAGUGCUUGCUGUUCUCCAUUUGAGGAGAACGGCUCUCACCGUUGUUCGCUGGAGUCCUCGAGAUUUGGAAAUGGCGUCGUAAGCCUUUCCAGACUUUCUCAUUUCUCAUCUGUCGUGGAAUUUCUUUGGAUCGUGUCAUUCUUUUGCAGCUUUUUGAGAUAUUUUUGUCCGACUUGAUUUUGUCAGGACCGAUUCUGUUCAAGUGACUGUUUGAUUGAACAGGUGUGGAGGUCAUCAGGCUCGGGCGUGAUCAGUAAGAAUGAACCCAAAAUGGUGGUAAGCCACAAUAAAUGACUUUUACUUUUC